AAACUCCAUUAACAAAAAAUUAACACCCUUUUUUCUCUUCCCCUUUUCCUCACAUCACACCUCCAACUCUUUGGCUACUAUACUGGCUCUCCCAAACAUGGAAGCUUUCACUUUGCUCAAAUACUGGAGAGGGGGUGGUGCUACUCCACUCCCACCCUCCGACACUCCCACUUCCCGCACCACCACCAUCCUCACCGCCGUUCCCCAAAAUGCAACACAAUCCGACGACGACGAAGACGAAAACAACGACGACGAUGGCCCCUUCUUCGACUUAGAGUUUGCAGUACCCGACGAUUCCGAAGAUGCACCCCAAAAUCCCAACCAAGAUGAAGAAGAAGAAGAUAUUAAUACGGAAGAAGAAUCUGACGGCGAGAAAGAGUUUAAGUUUACACUCUCUCCUUCGAGCAACGAUCGCAGCGAUCCCAACCUUUCGCUCUCUCCUUCGGACGAUGUGUUCUUCAAGGGAAAGCUGGUGCAGCUCGACCACCCUUCUUCCGAACCUAACUCCAAGCCUCAGUUCACUGCCUCCCUCUUGAAAUCCGCCACCAAAUUUCGCGUCUUCAUGUUGGGCCUCAAGAAGCCCAAAUCCUCUGACAACGCCUCCGAUUCCAAAAAACACCAAACAGACAAAAAAUUCUUCACCGUCAAAUUCAAAGUGGAAGAAGUCCCCAUCAUGUCUCUCUUCACCAGAGAUAACAGCUCCAGAGCCAACAAACCCCACAACCAGAAGCCCAACUCAGAGCCCGAGGACUCACCCUCUUCUUCCGAGGAAAAACGUUUCUCCAAGGAUACCAUGCAAAAGUAUUUCAAAAUGGUGAAGCCUCUCUACAUUAGAGUGUCCCGCAGGUACGGUGACAAGCUUGGACACCUAAGCCCAAACUCCGGGCCUAAAGGGGAAGGUGAAGCUUCUACUGCUACUGCAACUGAAACCAACGCCAAGACUCAAAAACAGGGGAAUCUACCAGCAGGCCUUAAAGUAGUGUGCAAGCAUUUGGGGAAGAGUCGUUCAGCUUCUUCAGCGGUUGCAGCUUCUCCUCCGGCGUCCGUGUCUUCAAAACGCCGUGAUGAUUCACUGUUGCAGCAACAGGAUGGGAUUCAAGGCGCCAUUUUACACUGCAAGAGAUCCUUCAAUGCCUCCAGAGAGUGCGAGUCUUCUCAGCUGCCACGUUCUGUGAGCGAUCCAUCUCACGAGAUAUCCUCGGAAUUAUCGAGGAAAUCGAUCAAUGAAGCCAAAGACAAGCGCCUUUAGGCGUUUUCCUUUACUAUCUGUAAACUCUUCGCAGCUUGAACAAUGAAGAUAAUAUUAGUUCCUUUCCAAUGUCACCGCCUGCAGUGUCUGUUGUAAAAAGGAAAAUGCUAUUACUUUGUUACUUAGAUUAGAUUUUACACUACAAGGAAGGCUAAAAAAGAAAAAAGAAAAAGAGAAAUAGUAAAAGGUAGAGUGGUGGUCUGCAUGAUUUGUUGAGUUGAAAGUGAAAAGCUCGUUAGCCAUUAGCUUAGUGACUCUUUUUUUCUUCCUUGGUAGUGUAAACUGUAAAGCUCUUCUUUCCGUUAAAGUGAAAGAAGAAUCAGAGCUUUUCUGUGU